AACACACUUGCUUACUCACUGCGAUCAUUCGAUUGCAGAACCUGCCAACAAACGUUUUAGUUGGCACAAGAAAGCAAUCAAUAAAGCAGAUCUCACCCAGACCCGCGAGCUCUAGACCGUUGCCGACUGCAAAGCAGCGUCGUGAUCGUUGGACUAACAAAGAAAAUCCAACAAGAACUUGCUGACCAGGUGAUUACAUGCUGCACGUGAUCUCAAAAACAUAUGGCAUCAGCAAGAAAGAAAGAACCAAUAGUUGGCACUAGCAGAGACGCCGCUUGGUUUCCAGGUGCCAAGGUUGUAACGCUGAACUGUAACGGGCCAACGCAAAAAGGCUUCUCUGCGCUGCGGCACGAAAACGUGGAGCGAAUACUUUGCCUAGCGACGAGAAAUGCAGUAGACUUUAUUCUCGUGCAAGAACUGAAGGGACUGACAGGGAGACGAGCCGUCGAAGCAGCUCGAAGUUACUUACCCGUGCAACAUGUGGGAUCAAACACAGACGCCAACAUUUUCUACAACUCGGCAAAGUAUGAAGCGAUGCCAUUCAAUCUCAGAAAGUACUGGGACGCUCUACGGUAUACGCCUGGCUCUGUUGCUGAGAUUGGCGUAAGUAGAAUGUCGGUCGGGUUUUUCAAAUACCGUGCAAGCAAUCCCGCUUCUGCUAGAGCAAAGGAUUACUACAUUAUGGUUGUCAGCUGGCAUGGACCACAGUCAAAGGCAAAGAACCUUGAGAAAAAGAGAGAGUACUUUGAGAAUCUCAUGAUAACUAUCGAUACGUUUCGUUUGCGUUUUGCUAGAGAGAAUAAGCUGUUUUAUGACGACGUACCGGUUAUUCUCGGAGGCGAUUUUAACAUAGAGAAGAAAGCAGUUUGGCCUAUGAAGGUCACCAUAUCACGUGACCUAAAGUUUAUUACACGCUGGCCAGAUUAUGAAGCAAGUCCUAGACGCAAAGUCAAAAGGGUGGGAUUUCAAAGAAUCGAUGAAAUUCUUUUCAUGAGAUCGACAAAGAGAGCAGACUUGCCGGUUUAUGUACAAUCUUUGUAUCUUGAAGAUCCGAAACCCAUCGAAGGCUAUAUUUCUGACUCAAAACUCACGCGAGACGAUAUGGCUUGGUUGAAAGAAAAGAAGGAAAAUUACAAGAGUCUAGAUCAUGAUCCUGUGUUUGCUGUGAUUGGAAAAGCUAAGACACGAUCAGAUCAUUUUUGGUAAAUUGUCAUGAAGACUGCGUAUCAAGAGACAUCAAUUUUAUAAAAACUGAAUGAGAAUUUUGUAGCAAUUUUUUACAAAAAAACAUUUACUAUAAUUGGCAACUUUAUAGCUUUACCAAGCAAUAUCAAACUGGCAGUAUAAUAGCUAGGUGUAAUUUUAAAAUGUUUAAUUGCUUUAUUUUUAAACAUAGAG